UCGAAAUUGGCGUGAAAUAUAGGUAUGGCAAGUGCGCAUCGAUUGUUUCAUUUGACUCCGAUACAAAGCGAAAUGAAAAUGUAUUUGAAGCAUAUUCAUUUCAAAGAGUUCCCCACCGAUUGGGAGGACAGGAUCUUGAACUUGUUACCGAAGGAAUAUAAGAACAAGUAUUCAUCAAUAAUUGACUCGAUACUAAGAGAAAUAAGGGAUAUGUAUAUUAAAGACAUGCAAAAGUUGUUGAAUCAAAUGGUAUUAUCAAAUCCAGAAAGAAAUGGGGAGCAAUCUCUCGAUUUCAAUUCUGUAAACUAUAAGCCUUUAGUUGAAAAGAGUUCUCAGUUCAAAUUUUUAAGGCACUGUAAAAUUUUAGGGAAGAUAUAUUUCCUUCAUUUGGAACCAAUAAGAUUCAUUAUAAGCAGAGCCCAACUUAAACUUCCAGCAGUUAUCUGCAACUUUGAAUAUUAUCGUAACCUCGGUCUCAUGUCUUUAACCGAUUUCCAAAACGUGGUUCAUAGCGAUAUUAAAAAGGUAUCAUUAUUAAUAACUAAUCAGUAUUACGCUGAGGUAUCCAGAACCGUGGCAGAGAGUAAAGUGUUAAGGAACCUUUCUAAGAGGAGAUCGUCGAAAGUCAUGUGCUGCGUGACGAACGUUUUCACACAGCAGAUCGUAAAUAUUAUGAUAAGAUCUAUAGAUCACAUGCUGAAUACCCUGAGGAACGAGUAUCACUGUCCUCAAAUUAAAUUCGAACUUGUCAUGAAAGAUGGGAAACUGCUCCUCAGUCCUAGCAUCGAGACGAUACAUUCUACUUAUCACGAUAUAAUUGAAAGGAUCAUGUCGAUUGCCCAGGACUUGAUCCCAUUAGAAGAAUGGCUUAAUAUAAAAACGAGUUCUACAUACAUGAAAAUAAAAUUGCCAGACUGCUACGUUGAAGAGUUCCACGAGAAGCUGGAAAUUAUUCUAGGCGAUUUAUUUGAACCUAUAAACAAUCACACGGCGAAUAUUAUCGAAGAAUUCUAUCCCAUCUGCGCGCCUUUAAGGAGGAGAACGAUAAUACUAACAUCUGGGAGCGUAAAGUUUGACUUGUACCUCCAACAUGUACAAAAGUACAAAAAUUAUUUAAUAAAAGCGAAUGCAAUGGUGAUGAAUACUUAUCACGUGGUAGGGAAAUUAGAGCAACGUGAAGCUAAGAAAGCUCUAAAGAAAGAGUCCCAUAACAUCAUAAACACUUUUCUAAUUAAGCUUGUCAAAUACCAUCAAGAAUUUAAUCGAUCGAUUUGUGCAGAUUUCGAGGAGUUAAAAUCGAAAGCGUUAAACAUCCCGAGUGACGCGAAGGCUCUGAUCGAAUUGACCGAUUAUAUAUCGUACGCAUCGCGAGAACUGAUCGGUGAAUUAGAAGGCAGGAUUCAAGACUCGAUAAACAUGUUGGCUGUAUUGUUAGAAAUAUGUAUUCUGCCCGAAAAUCAUAUUCAACUGAACAAACAGACUGUCAACUGGCUGAGCGAGAUCGAGCCAGUGUUUAGACAAAAUAACGCGUUGUGCGAAGCGAUGAAAAACGAGAUCGAAGAUGAGAUGCAGAAGAGGAUAAGUAAUUUAAACCUUCAGGUGGACUAUCUCGUUCCUCAGCUCAGCGUUUUAGACGAGAUGGACGACAUAAAUAGAAUAGAUGACUACUUUGAAUAUUAUAAAGGACUCCUUAAGCAAGUGAAUCAGAUUAACUGCGAGAUGCAGAAGAUCAACGAAGAGGAGACGUUGUUUAAAUUUCCCGAAACUGAAUUCCCGAACGUGAUCGAAGUACACGAGAUAAUCGUAUCUUUUUAUGAACUUAUUCAUAUAGUUUAUCAGUGGAAGAAGGACAGCGUGGUGUGGUUGGACGGUCCCUUUGAAUGGUUGAACGCUGGUACCAUAGAGAGCAAGACGUUCGAUUAUUUCGAUAAAAUUACUGAGAUGAGCAAGACGUUUCGUACAAGAAUUAAGAUGGACGUAUCGGCGAAUAAAUGUUUCAAAUUCUCUGGUAUCGCGGAUGAUCCGGAACCGAUGCAACAACCUACUCCGUUGAAACUUUGCUGGCAAGCUCUCAACGACAUAAACGAGUUUAAACGGUAUUUGCCUUUGGUCACGUGUAUGUGCAAUCCAGCUCUGCAGAAAAGGCACUGGGUAGAAAUGUCUGAGAUUUGCAAUUUCGAUCUUACGCCCAACGCCGGGACCAGUCUGAGAAAAAUAAUUUCGUUCAAUUUGAUGGACGAUAUCGAGAAGUAUAAGUCUAUCAGUAUAGGCGCUAAUAGAGAGUCGGAGUUACGACAGAAAUUAUCGAACAUGAUCAAGGAAUGGGAUAGAAUUUCCUUUGACAUUAGUUUCGACCACCAAACAGGGAUGAACGUAUUUUCCAGUUCUAACGAUAUAGAAUUAUUACUGGAAGACCAUCUCGUAAAAAUCGAAGAGAUGAGGACUUCGAAUUUUAUCAGACAAAUGGCUUCGACCAUGACAAACUUCUUUGAAUCUCUCACUAGAAUCCAGGAAAUUAUUAAUCAGUGGAAUUACAUACAAAUGAUCCUAAACUGUUUGAGCUCCGUUCUUAAUUAUCCUACCAUAGAAGUAUAUUUAGGUGACGAAUCUCUCUUAUACGAAGAAGUAGAAAAUAGCUUGAAAUCUGUGCAAAAUGGACUUUCGUUGAAUCCUACUUUCGCGCAGAUCGACGAUGUUCAUUUGUUAGAAUCUUUAUUCGAUAUCGUUGGAAAACUUGAGCAUAUAAAUAAAGUAAUAAAAGAUUAUAUAGAAACCAAGAGGCUGCGUUUCCCGAGAUUCUAUUUUCUUUCUGACAAAGAAGUUCGUGAAGUACUAUUCGAGUCCAAUAAUUUUCAGACACCGCAUUUACAAAAAUGUUUCGAGGGGAUAUUGAAAAUAAAAUGUAAUAAAAGAACGUGUAUUAUUGUUGGCGAUUGUAAUGAGGAAUUAUAUUUAGAAAAGGUGAUCGAUUCGUGUAGCUACCCUGAAGAGGACUGGUUGAUACAUUUGGAAAACGAGAUGAAGAGCACUAUGAAAAAUAGCAUUUCUGAGUGUCAUCAAAUUUUUAGCAACACGUUCGAUUUAAGCAGUAUUAUAAAUUUCCCAAGUAUGUCAAUCGUUUGCGCUCAUCAACUUCAUUGGACCACUGCGAUACACAGGUGUCUCUCGUCGUUAGAUUCUGAAUCUCUGAGUUCUCUACAUUCAAGCUAUAUCGAUCAUCUAAAUAGUUUGACUGCUCAAUUAAAAAAUUACUCUACAAAAAGAUUAAGGAACCUGUUAACGUCUUUGAUCAUCAUAGUGAUUCAACAGAGAGAUGUUAUUCAAUUACUGUUGGAACAGAAUAGUGCGCUUACGGAUUUCGAGUGGGUCGCACAACUGCGAUAUUAUUUAUUAAUGGAUUACGUAAACGUGUCAAUUUUUAAUACGAACGUAAAAUACGGGUACGAAUACAGUUAUUACAAACAACACAUAAUUCACACUCCUUUAACGAACAGAUGCUUUCAUGUUCUCAUGCAAGCGUAUAACUAUCACCUGUACGGAGCUGUCGUAGGACCGUCUGCUACGGGAAAAUCAGAGACUGUUAAGAGUUUAGCAAAGGCUAUGGCAGUACAAUUCCGAUCUUUCAACUGUGCCAGCGUAUCAUCUUACGAUCUCCUCUCUCAAAUAUUUCGCGGAUUCAUCACCUGUGGUACGUGGCUCUGUUUCGAAAAUUUUGACGAACUACCCAGUGAUCUGUUAUCGAGAAUCACUGAAGGUUUAACCACUACCUUUCAAGCCAUAGCUAGGAAGUUGGGGAGAGUAACGCUGGAAGGUGUUUCAUUAAAAAUAAACCCAACCGGGCACAUCAGUAUUGUAACGAAGCUGGAUCCAUUUCGUUGUUCUAAUAUACCAGAUAAUUUGAAAGUUUUAUUUAGAACGACGUCCAUGAUAAUGCCAGACACUCGUAGGAUCGUAGAAGUCGAGAUCUCUGCUGGUGGCGUGAUUAACUCCAAGUUAUUAGCUUCGAAAUUGAUUACACUCUAUGAGAUAUUGUCUGACCAAUUGUGGUGCGAAUCGUGCAAUAAUUUCAACAUGUAUUCUAUAAAAGCGAUUAUCAGAAGUAUGAUUUAUUUAAAGAGGAGCUGUCCAGAGGAAGAUGAGAACGUAUUACUAUUACGUUCGCUGAUUGAUAUUAUUCUUCCGAGACUCUGUCGUGCUGAUAUACACAUUUUUACAAGUGUAAUGCGUAAUGUUUUUCCGGAUACUAAUUUGUCGCCUCCUGAUUAUACGACGUUUUUAGAAACUCUCGAGGCAGUGUGUGAAUCGAGAUCUAUUCGUAAUCACGAUUCUUUUAAGUUGAAAAUCUUACAAUUGUUUGAAUUAGUCUACGUUUAUCAAUCUCUGGUAAUCAUCGGAAAACCCUUGGUAGGAAAAACAGAGAUAUUAAACGUUCUCCGAGCAGUUUUAUCCUCUUUACACGAACAAGGCAUUGAAUUUGGUGUCAAUAUAGAAUUAGAGAGAAUAUUCCCAAGUGCAAUUGACACUGACCGUCUUUUCGGUCAUUUUGAUGAGAAAACUAAUAUUUGGAAGGACGGGGUUUGUUCUAAAGUAUUUCGUUCCUUUUCUCAAAAUAAGCUUCCUAGUAAAAAAUGGAUAAUAUUCGAUGGACCUAUGAAAAAUACGUGGAUCGACAAUUUACAUACGAUCGUUGACAAUAGUAAAACACUGCAUUUAGCAUCGGGCGAGAAUAUAAAUACAGAUUCUGUGUCUGUCAUUUUCGAAACAAUGAACAUAGAAAAUGUAUCUCCAGCUAUUGUGUCAGCCUGUGGUGUAAUUUAUGUGGAAUCGGAUUCCAUCGAUUGGAGAUCGUACGUCGAAACUCAUUUUUCUAGUAAUAAAAUGUACAAUGGAUACGAAGGACCAUUGUUCGUGCUGUUCAAUUGGGCAAUGGAGCCUGCGUUGCAAUUUUUGCGAAACAAUUGUACCGCGGUUUUAGCCACGGAUCGAUUGCGUUGCGUAACGUCGACGCUGGAUUUAUUUGAAAUGUAUCUGAGCGAUGCACUUACGGAGAACGGUGACGAAAAGGCAAAGACGAGUCAUUUUUUAGUAUGGGCACAGGCUGCUCUUAUAUUAUCGAUCACUUGGGGAUUGGGUGGUAAACUGAACAUAGAUUCUCAUGUUAAAUUUAAUUCUUUCUGUGUGUCAUUUUGGGGUGGCAAAGAGUAUCCGAAACCAGAAGUGAUAAAAAACUUUGAUGUGACGCUGCCUCACGAGGGUCUGAUACAAGACAAUUUUUAUAUCUUUAAGGGGGUUGGCAAUUGGAAGUAUUGGGGAAGCGUCGAUAUUCUGAAGAACGAACAAAUAUUAGACAGUCCUAAUUAUAACGAGAUCUUCGUACCGACUGUUAACACUAUAAAGUACAAUCAUUUAUUAUUGAAACACGUGAAACACAAAAGACCUUUCGUAAUCUGUGGGGACACAUCAAUCGGGAAAACGAUGCUCAUAAGAAAUUUCUUGAAAAAUAAAUUGCCUGAGGGGGUGCGCUACAAUUUGUACAAUUUUAUUUUACUGAGCAAAGUCGUUACGACGCAGAAAUUGUUCUUGUCGAGAUUGAAUAAGAUAGAGAAGAAGCACUACGGUCCACCGAAAGGGCAGUUCUGUGUCAAUUUUAUAGACGAUCUCAACAUCCAGAGAUACAACGAUGAAUCAGAAAUAAACAGCAUUUUCGAACUCCUUCGUCAGUAUCAUAACUGUGGCUACUUUUACGACGUCGAUGAACCUGAGAAAGUUUAUCUCCGCGAUAUAGUAUUUUCGUUAUCAAUCGUCGAGAGUUCCGCGAUUCAAGUGUGCCCCAGAUUUCUCAGACACUUCAGCUUUUACACUAUAUACACGCCUACGACGGACAAUAUAUUCAGAAUAUUUUCAAACGUGCUCUUUAACAAUCUAAAAAGAAAUUCCUUUACUGCCGACGUAUUUAAUACUGUGACUAACAUGACCAAUGCAACGAUCGACGUGUACAAUUCAGUGACCAAGACUUUGAGACCAGUUCCUGCCAAAUUCCAAUAUUUGUUUAGUUUGAGAGAUAUGAGUAAAGCGAUCGAAGGGUGCAGCCUCCUCUGCAAAGAGUCGGUAGAGACCAAAAUUAUAUUCGUUCGCAUCUGGGCUCACGAGAUCUGGCGUGUCUUCGGUGACAGGAUAUUAGACGGCAACGAUAAACAGUGGCUGUUCUCGCUGAUCAGGGAAGUGAGUAAACGUCAUUUCAAAGACUCGUUCGAAACGGUUUUCGACUACUUACCGAAAUCUAAGAACGAGAUCUCCAAAGACAGUUUCAACCAUCUAAUGUUCAGUAGUUUCAUGAACGAUAAAAAUGGGAAUGGGAGAUACGAAGAGAUCAUUUCUAUCGAGAAGUUAAAGAAUAAAAUCCUUUCCUGCCUAAACGAAUACAAUAACAAUAAUAAAAAACGAAUUGACAUCGUGACGUCGCAGUACGUCUUAGAAUGUUUAAUAAAAAUCUCACGAAUUUUAACUAUACCCGGGGGCAAUUUAUUAAUGAUCGCUGGUAUUGGAUUCGGAAGGAAGUCAUUGGCGAGCCUCGCUGCUUUCGUGCAGCACCAAGAACUGUUCGAACCACCCGUUCAAUCGUAUCGCGAUUUUCACUUAUGGAGAAAAGAUCUAAAAACUGUCUUACGAAAAUGUGGAGGGCUGAAACAAAAUUUAAUAUUGUUCUUAAAAGACAAAGGAACAAAGGGUGACUUUCUCCACGAUAUCAGUUGCUUGUUAGCCACCGGGGAAAUACCCGAUCUAUUCUCGGUCACAGAGAAAUGCGAAAUUAUCGAAAUGGUACGCCUGGACGCACAAGGUGGGAACAAGAACGAGGAGAUAAGCAAUCAGGCUGUAAUGAGUUAUUUCUUAGAACAGUGCAACAACAAACUACACAUUAUGAUCUGUUUCAACGAGACCAACGCAUCGCUCAGAUCUAACUUACACAAGUACCCAGAAUUAGUGAAGUAUUGUACUAUGAAUUGGUACGAGAUCUGGCCGAUGGAGACUUUCGUACAAAUCGGUUCGAGAUACAUUCAACAAGUGAAUGUGAACGAAAACCUGAAAACGAACGUGACGAAAGCGUGCAUAAAAUUGCACAAACACAUGGACGACGUGAGCACUGAAUAUUACAAGCAAGUGAAGAUAAGAAAUCAUGUCACUCUGGCCGCGUUUCUGCAUACGUUAAAAUUGUACGUUCAACUGUUAGGCAAGAAGCAAAGAGACAUUGUCACGAUGAGGAACAGAUAUUUGGCAGGUUUAGACAAACUGGAAUUGGCAGCUGGCCAGGUAGAGAAGAUGAAGAAUAUAUUGACGAUGCUGAAACCGCAAUUGGAAUCGUCGGCGGAGAAGAUGAUGAUCACUAUGAGAGAAGUCGAGAGUGAAAACGUGAGCGUGGAAAAGGCGACGGCUCUGGUGCAACGAGAAAAGGAGAUAGCGAAUGAGAAAACGGAAAUCGCUGGGAGAUUGAAGACCGAGUGCGAAGCAGAUUUAGCGGUGGCCAUCCCGAUCUUAGAAGACGCUGUAGGUGCGUUGAACACGUUGAAACCUACAGACAUAACUCUUGUAAAAGCCAUGAAGAACCCUCCGGAUACUGUUAAACUGGUGAUGGCUGCGAUUUGCGUGAUGCUCGACGUUCAUCCGGACAAAGCCAUCGACCCAGUCACAGGGAAGAAGUACAUCGACUAUUGGACCCCCAGCAAACGUAUCCUCAGCGACAUGAACUUCUUACAAACGUUGAAAGAUUACGACAAGGACGAUAUACCGUCUAACGUCGUGCAAGUCGUUAAAAAGACGUACAUAUCGGACAGCAGUUUUAAACCACACAUCGUUGCCAAAGCGUCGAGCGCCGCGGAAGGUCUUUGCAAGUGGGUAAGGGCGAUGGUGUCUUACGACGAGGUAGCGAAAGCCGUUGCACCUAAGAAAGAAAAAUUACUGAUAGCUCAGAAGGAGUGUAACGAAGCUGAAGCGUUUCUGAAGGAGAAACAGGAGACUCUCGAUGCGUUGAACGCUAAGCUCGAGGCGUUGAACAGCAGCUUGCGAGAGACGCAGCAGCAGAAGAUCGAAUUGGAGAGAGAAGUGGAAGAUUGUACCGUGAAACUUCGUAAGGCGGAGAAUCUGAUGGCCAGUUUGGGAGGAGAAAAGGAUCGGUGGGCACAGUCUGCGGGGAAUCUUAAAAAGGAUUAUGACAAUCUCGUGGGAGACAUGAUACUGACUUGUGGAGUCAUUAGUUAUGCAGGAUCCUAUAACGUUCUGUUUCGUAAUAAGAUCUCGAUGCAGUGGAAAAAUUACGUAGACGAAUUGAAGAUACCUCGUAGCAAAGAGUUCGAUUUUUCAGAUAUACUCGGAGAAGCGAACGAUAUUAACUAUUGGCACUUUUCGGGUUUGCCGAAGAAUUCUUCUUCGGUUGAGAACGCGAUUAUUAUGAAUAAUUCCGAGUUAUGGCCUCUGCUGAUUGACUCACAGAAUGAAGCGAAUCAGUGGAUCAGGAGAAUUGAAAAAAAGAAUGAUCUGAAGAUCGUGAAGCUCACUGAUUCCAAUUGUUUAUCGAUAAUUGAAUUUAAUGCUGAACACGGUAUUCCUACGCUGAUCGAAAAUGUUCGGGAAGAAUUAGAAAUGUCGUUAGAUCCAUUUCUGUUGAAAAAUAUUUACAACGACGGGAAGUGUUUUUAUUUGGACACCGGCUCGAACGUUAUAAAAUAUUCAUUUGAUUUUCGCUUAUACAUCACGUCACAAUUGCUGAAUCCCCAAUUUUCAUGCGAGACAUUCAGCAAGCUGACGAUAAUCGAUUUCUCGAUUCCGAACGAGGCUCUUCAAGAUAAGUUAUUGGAUUUUAUUGUCUCGAAGGAGAAGCCAGAACUUCAAGAGAAGUUCGAGGCUUUAUUCAUGGAGAAUGCCAACAAUAAAAAGAUAUUGAGACAACAGGAAGACAUUGUUUUAGGCAUCUUAUCGUCGACAACGACGAACAUUCUCGAGGACGAAGUUGCCAUAAGAAGUUUGGACAAUUCAAAGACUCUUUCGUUGAACAUAAUUAAGAAACAAGAAGCAACGAAACAAACGUCUUUAGAAAUAAAUCAAUUUCGAUACUCUUACGUGCAGUUCGUUAAAUACUGUGCAGAUUUAUUCAACGUAGUAAACUCUCUGUCCAAUAUAAAUCACAUGUAUCGGUUCUCUUUCUCGUGGUUCAUGCAAUUAUACAGAAUAUCGAUCGAAACGUCGAAUAAAAGCGCUGUUUUGGAAAAGCGUCUGAAAUUCUUGAAGCGUUCCUUCACUCAAAAUCUCCACUCGAGCAUCUGCAGAUCGUUAUCAGAAAAGCACAAGGUGCUGUACUCGUUCCUAUUGUGCUCGAAGAUCUUGUUGAACGAGCAUCAAACGACCGAGGAAGAGAUCAACUAUUUUAUGGCACCAGACUUAACUGGCACCGAGACGGUUCCAAAUUAUCCGUGCAAUUGGCUUCCAACUAAUACUUGGAUAAAUAUUUGCCAUCUUAGCGAGACACUACCUGAGUUUCACGAUCUAGCUAACGAUUUCUGUUCCAACAGUAAAGCUUGGGAACACUAUCACACUUCUGAACCACUCGAAGAUCACUCGAUGCCAGAACCCUGGCUUAAUGAAUUAUCUUCGUUCCAAAAACUCAUCAUUAUAAAAAUUUUGCGACCCGACGAAGUUUUAUCGAAAGUAAUACAAUUAAUAGAGGACGUGUUAGGGAAUGUACGAAACUCUCCAAGGAUUAAAAUAUCUGAAUCGUACGCUGAAUCCAGUUGCCUAACUCCAAUUCUAUUUAUUUUACCCUCGCGCUUAACGCCGUUGUCUUUGAUCCUUUCCUACGCGAAAGCUAAGGGGUAUUCAUCAAAAUUCGUGUCUCUGUCUAUGAGCAAAGGGCACGAAAGAAACGCUGAACUUCUUAUACAGAAAGCUGUCAAAGAAGGCAGCUGGGUAUUCUUGCAAAAUUGUCACUUGAUGCCAGACUGGUUGAUUCGCCUUGAGAAAGUCUGCGAAGACUUCGCUACCGGUAACGUCCCUCUAGAUUUUCGAUUAUGGUUGUCCAGUUAUCCGAUCAAAGAAUUUCCAAUCAGUAUUCUCCAAAGCAGUAUAAAGAUAAUGCAAGAUCGUCCUUUGGACGUUAAAGAGACGCUGUUGAACAUUUAUCAGUCCGAGCCUAUAAUUGACAAAGAAUUCUUCGAAGGUUGUCCAGGCAACGACAAAGCAUUCUCGAAACUCCUCUUUGGGAUAUGUUUGUUUCACGUAAUCGUGGAAGAGAGAAAAAAUUUCGGGAUUCGGGGAUGGAGUACGCCAUAUAAAUUCGAUCACGUCGAUCUUCAAACAUCCGUUUUGCAACUACAAACUUUCAUAAAUGAUACUGAUCGUGUACCCUAUCACAUUUUGUCACAUCUGAUCGGGGAAUGUAAUUACGGUGGGAAAAUCGAAGAUAGGUGCGACGCUAAGUGCUUGAAACAUCUUCUAAGUGAUUAUUGCAAUUCUAACAUAGUCGAGAGCGAUCGUUACACGUUUUCCAAUGAUAUAGAAGAGAUGAUACCACAGAGAUGUGAAUAUGAUUACGUAAUCGAACACAUUAAAAGGAUUCCACCGAGUUUGUCUCCUGAAGUUUUCGGAUCUGACAAAAAUGGUCUCGUCAUCCGAAACGCUACGAUAGCUACUGAAUUUUUGUCUUCCUUCGCGUCUAUAAAUACCAGUAAACAAUUAGGACACGUAGAACUGCAACAAGAUCUGAUAAUAAUUAUAAUCGAUGGCAUCAACGAAAAGUUGUAUCAAUCGACGGGGAUUGACGACUUUGAAAAAUGUACUUCUACGCUGGGAGAGCCGUUGCAAAGAGUUCUCGUUCGCGAAAUUAAAUCGUUAAAACGUACUUUGGAGAUCGUUACACAGACGUUGAAUAAUUUAAAAUCAGCAUUGAACGGUUCUAUUCAUUUCACGGAUUCACUGAAAGAGUUGGCAGAAGAAAUCUACCAGAAAAGAGUUCCAAGCAUUUGGAAAGAAGUAGAAACGAAUAUCGUUACUGAGAACCUGACGCGAUACGUUGAGAAUUUGGUAAAGCGAGCGAAUUUCUUAAAAAAUUGGACGGAUCAGGGAUGCUCGAGAGUAGUUCGCUUCGACGCGCUGUUCCACUGUAAAAUGUUCAUCUCCGCGAUACUAUUGACGUUCUCCGAAAAAUAUAACACGUCUGUCGAGCAGACGUUCUUGAAUUUCCAAGUAAUGACAGAGGAUGAGAUUGACGAAGACACAGAUGGAUAUUUAAUUCAAGGGCUACACUUGAGCGGUGCCCGCUGGGAUCUCGAGAACAAAAUACUGAUUGAGAAUUGCACGAACGAAACGUGGCAAGAAAUGCCACCGAUACGUCUCAAGUAUUCGCGGAACAAAGAGGAGGCAGACAAUGUCUAUCGUUGCCCUAUUUUCGCAGCUACCGUUCGACGAAGAAAUGUCAGAACUUGUACAAAAAAUUAUAUAAUUAGCGUGCCUUUGAGAACCAGAUUGCCUGAGAGUCAUUGGAUAAAACGUGGCACGGCUUUAUUUUCCCACGUACCAUAAUCUUCAAACCGAUUUAACAACUCCUCUCACGUAACGUAAUGAAACAUUUUC